AUGGCAUCCACUCAGGAAAAGGUUGAAAAGGACAGAUUCUUCCGCGAUUUGUAUCUUCUUGACUCUCUGGAUGAAGAUCUGCCAGACAGUGAGGUUGACUCACCCAUCAAACCGGUCAAGGAGUCCACGCGACGACCGGAGCGGACCCUGACCCCGACCCCACAUGAGGGUACGAAGCAGGUUGCAGGCAAGAGCAAGUCUCACGACCAGGAUCCAGGGCCCAUACCUAGGGCUACCGAAGCAGUGACCUCCAACUCGAAGAAAUCCAAAACGCCUCUUCCCUUCGCCCCAGUAAAGGGACAGACACAGACACUCGUUGAGAAGAGAAAGCGUGUCGAUGCCACAGAGCUCAAGCCUCGGGCCCGGCAUUCAGAGACAGUGCUCAGCAGGAUAGGGGCAGCCCCUAAUAUAAAGAGAGUUAAAGCAUCUUCGCCUGUCAACGUCGAUGCAGCAGACCACAACAGCAAGAAUGCCAGGGAAAGGCACAAGCAUGUGACGGACCUGUCCAACAUCAAGCAGCGCAAGCGCCAACUGGGCAGCAAGAAGCUGCCGCCGGUACCCACCGAGCAACAAAUGUUCAGGGGCUUGACAUUCUUCUUCGUACCAAACAAUGACAUUUGUCAGGCACGCCGGUUUCGGAUCCACAAAGCCAUCCAGUAUGGUGCUGCUUGGGCGAAUGAGUGGUGCAAUGAGGUGACUCAUAUCAUCGUCUGUGAGAACCUCGAUGUAAAAGAGGCCUCGAAAGAGUUUGCAUACAAAGAGAUUCCGAACCAUCCAUCUCUCGUCAACGUCAACUGGCUCAUCGAGUGUUUAUCCCGCAAGAUCGUUUGUGAGACACAUUGGAACCGUUUUCAAGUACCUGGUUUCGAAUCAGGGAAGGCCGUGAUGGGGCAACCAAGCCCCAAGGACUCCCGCCCUGAGUUAGGACAUAGGCCUAGGAGUGACGCAACCCGGCUUAGGGUAGCCGAGGAACCAGCUAGACGCUCCGAAAGGCAUCAUUUUGCCGUUCCGACUCCAGAAGAGGAGGAGAUCGCUCGGCUGAACGAGGAAACCAGAUCAGAAGACGAACUCGACAACGCGAUCAAGGACGUACGGAGCAUUGGGAGCCUGCCACUAGAUCUGAGCGUCGAUGAGAACGCAAAGUCUCUGAGUGAUGAAUCUGAGAUUGAUCAGACACUGGCCAUCCUCCCUGGCGAUGGCAAGGCUCGAAAAGGCAACUCGCGAAUCAUGUGCAUGGCAAAGCACGAUGGCAGCAAUGAUGACAAUCCCAACGCGCAGACCAUCGAUAAACUGCUGAAAAUGGCAGAUUAUUAUGCUGCCACGGGAGAUCAAUGGCGGACCAGAGCAUACCGUCAGGCGGUCACAGCUCUGCGGAAACAAACCCAAGUCAUCCGCACUAAGCAAGAGGCAUUGGCGCUGCGAGGGAUCGGCGAGAGAAUAGCAGAGAAGAUCCAAGAGAUCGUCUCGACCGGAAGACUCCAACGACUUGACAACGCUCAGAUGGAUUCUCGUGACAAGAUUCUCCGGUUGUUUAUGGGUAUCUACCAAGUCGGGUAUCCCACUGCUUCGAGAUGGAUUGCCGAGGGGCAUCGUACGCUGGAAGAUCUGUACCAAAAAGUUGAUCUAAACCGGAACCAGCGCAUUGGCAUUGAGCACUAUGAUGAUUUUCAGCAGCGAAUCCCUCGCGCAGAAGUCGCUCAGCAUGCUGCAAUAGUCAAGAAGGAGCUCGAAGCCGCCGACGCUGGAUUGCAGAUGAUCAUUGGAGGAUCAUACCGUAGAGGCAGCGCAGAUUGUGGGGACAUCGACAUCCUUAUCUUCAAAAAGCACGCAGGCCUCGACCACAUUCGUACCUUGAUGAUGGGCACAGUCAUCCCGAGGCUGACGGAGCAAGGGUUCCUGAAAGUCGCUCUUGCCUCUUCACAUCAUGAAGAUUCGGGAUCUAAAUGGCAUGGAGCAUCUGCGCUGCAGGGCUCAAAGGUAUGGCGUCGGAUUGAUCUUCUCUUUGUGCCGUGGGCGGAACUUGGAGCCGCCUUGAUCUAUUUCACUGGCAAUGAGUAUUUCAAUCGGAGCUUGAGGCUGCAUGCGAGUAGGAAACAGAUGAGGCUGAAUCAGCAUGGCUUGUAUGCGGAUGUCAUGAGAGGACCGGGACGAGAACGCUUGGCCGAUGGAAGGCUGCUCGAGGGACAUGAUGAGAAACGGAUCUUUGAAGUUCUGGGCGUGACAUAUCGACCGCCGGAGCACAGGAAUCCCUAG